UGGUAAGAAAAAUAGAUUUUUAGCGAUCAUCUGUUAUCGGAACUAGCAAUAUGGAUCCUAACUCAUUAGCUCUUAAGCUAGCCAACUUGUAUAGGUGUUUCAGUACUAAUUCCCAUUUGACAGAGAAUUUAAACUUGUUUGUUGAAUUAAUCCAACAUAUUGACGCUGAAGCAAUAGUCCAUUACAUUGAUAUAUUACACCCUAUGUUCCUAAACACGUUGAAUGAUUCCCUGGCUAAUCUAGACGUGAAGAUCACUGCCCUGACGGCGAUGAGUAACUUCAUUCAACAGGUGGGGAGUUCAAAAGAUAGGGAGAGGUUUCAGGAUCUGUUGCCUGCGAUGAUGGACAUGCUGAAUAAGGCAUUGGAAGAAAAUUGUGAGGCAUCAGCUCAGUCUGAGUUGGAGAUUUUGAUUGAGUUGGCCAAGAAUGAGCCUAGCUUCUUCAGGAUGCAGCUUGUGGUUGUGGUGGGUUCCAUGUUUGAUAUAGCUGAAUGCGAGAGUUAUGAAAAGAAAACGAGACGUUUGGCGGUUGAAUUCGUGAUGACAUUGGUUGAGGCCAGGGAGAAGACCCCUGGCAUGAUCAAGAAGUAUCCAUUGUUUACUGAAAAAUAUUUUGCAAUUUUAUUGAAUUUGUUAGAGGAUGAGGUUUAUGACCCUCUCUUGCCUGAUCCUUAUGAUAAAUGGGAUAACAAUUAUGAUUUCCUUUUUCUUAAGAUGUGUUUAAGGCGGUUGUCCAAUGCGCUGGGUGGUAAGACUGUUGUUCCUGUUGCCUUUGAGCAGCUCCGUGCUCACUUGGCUGACGACUCGUGGCAGAAGCCAUGCGCAGCACUCUAUGCACUUGCUCAGAUUGUUGAAGGCUGCUCAGAGGUGAUGAUUAAGAAUAUGAAUCUAGUGGUGACAAUGGUUCUGGAUUGUAUGGGACAUCCUCAUCCUGGAGUUAGAUUCGCCUCCAUGGAAGCAAUUCGCGAGUUUUUGAGUUUCAUGCGUCCCCAUUUUCAAGAACAAUGUCAUCACCAAGUAGUGCCGGCAUUAAUUAAAGCUAUGGAUGAUGAGAGUGUACAAGUGCAGGUCAGUGUCAUACGCACGGUCUGGCACUUCCUUCACGUUCGCACGCCUGAAUAUUUGACACUUUACAUCCAUGGAUUACACAAUAAAUUGCUUCAACUGUCGUCACAUACUGUUGCGGUGGUCCAAAAAUCAGCGUCAACUGUACUCAAUUGUUUGGGUGAGCAUUUUGAGGAGUUCUAUGGGAACAACUACGAAUCUAAUAAACCACUUUUGAAAGCUUCACUGGUAGAAGCAAAUUUUCCAAGUAAAGAUGUAGAGAUGAUCAUGUCAGUGUACGAACCUGGCAGUUCGGUACUUCCAAAACAGAUUAUGGAAGCAGUUAUGUCAUUACAAGGAUCACAAGAGGAUGAUGAGGAUACAAAUACCAUCUACAAGCUAAUGGUAUGUGUUGUUGAGAAUAUCGUUAACUACUGCUUCAAUUUUAUUUCCACUUUUGAAAUUCCAUUUCAAAGGGGUCAGGUUCCAUACAGUUUGAAGGUAAUGUUUAUAGCGAUGAAGCACAUUUUGCAAUCUGCUAAACUGGCUGAUGAGAAAGGGAUUGCUCCAGGUGAAAGCCAUUCGGAUUUCAAGCAGUUUUCAGACAGUAUAAUACUGAAUUUGGUGGAAGCUUUGCAUGAGGAGCUUGAAACAGAGAUAUAUGUACAUAUGUUGAAUACAUUACGACUGUGCCUUCAGAUAUGUGGUCCACUUCUCAAUAAAGACCAGCUUCGUCCGGUCGUGGAUGAGAUAAAGCAUGUCAUUACAGAAAAUUUAAAUAGCCAAGGAAAACUCAGAGAGAGAGAAAAAACAGAAGACUUUGAUGCUGAGGAAGCUGAAUUGCUGAGAGGGGAAAAACAGCGACAAGAUCAAAUAAUUUUCCUUGCUGGUCACAUAUUACGUAGACUUAUCGAAUCAUUCAAGGUUGUUUUCUUGCCUUACUUUGACGAGCUAUCAUUAUAUCUGAUUCCGAUGUGGGGAAAAGAAAUGACAAUUCAAGAGAAAUCUACAUCACUUUAUAUCUUUGAUAGUCUUGUGAAGGAGUGCUCUGAAGCAGCUCUAAAGUACUGUGAUGUAUUUCUACCUUUGCUUCUGAAAGCAAGCAAUGACGACAACCCGACAGUUAGACAGAAAGCUUUAUAUGGACUUGGGCUUUAUGCAGAAUAUGAUGGUUCUGUUUUCCAACCUUAUGUUAGAGAGGCUAUGUCACGGAUCAAUGUAGUGAUAAUGCAUUUACGUGCUCGUGAACCUGAGAAUGAACUUGCAUAUGAUAAUGCUGUUUCUACCCUUGGUAAAAUAUUUCAGUUUCAUCGAGAACUUAUCGACUCAGCCCAGGUCAUUCCCAUUUGGUUGAAUUGCCUGCCUAUAAAAGGUGACCUUGCUGAAGCCAAAUAUGUUCAUGGUCAACUAUGUUCCAUGGUUGAAAGGUCAGAUAGAGAACUUUUGGGUACCAAUUAUGAACACUUCCCAAAAAUUAUGUCAGUUUUUGCAGAGGUUAUAUGUGGUGGAAAACAUCUUGCUACAGAAGAAACAACAAAGUGUAUGAUUAAUCUGUUGAGGAAUCUUCUUAAAGAACUACCACCAGACACUUUGACAUCAGCAUGGUCAUUGAUAUUGCCUCAGCAAGAAAUGGAACUAAAAGCCAUUUUAUUUCCUGGAAUACUUCAUGUGGUACGUUUUCACAACAAAACAUUUUGUAUGCUUGACACUGAUACCAAUGAAAGCUCUCCCCCUUACUCUUUACCAUCCAAAAUUGUCAAACUUCUUGAGGAAGAACACCAGAAAAAUAGUAUUAUUGUUCCACAAAUGUAACUUAUAAACCAUAAAUUGUAUCUUUAAUUAAGUUUUGUAUCAUUUAAGUAUACAAGAUGAUACUAUAGUUGAUUUGUGGGGAAUUGAAUAUGUAAUUA